CAAAAUUAAACACACACAUUUGUCCUGUAAACUUUAAAAAGUGGUGCAGCAGCAAAAAGACUAGUGAGUAAAAAUCUCAAAAAUAAAAGGAAAAAGAAGAUGAGACGGGGGCAUCACCGGCGGCGAUCAUCGACGCCGUCAGUGGACUUCGGUGUAGACGAUGAAGAAGAAAUAUCAUCGGAAGCUCAAAUGAAGUGCGUUUCAUGCAAGGAGGAUUACAGCUCCCGUGACGCCGGAACUUGCCGGGAGUGUUACGAAGAAGCUAGCGAGACUGAGGAAGAGCUCAAGCGUGAGAUCGAAGAUCUUAAAGCCAAAGUCAACUUUCUCCGUUUCUGGGGGCCAUCCCACCACCACCACCAACAACAACAACGAACUGUACCCUUCUUCUCCGACAUCGUUUUGGUCGCUUCCCAUGAUGAAUCCGGCAAGUCCACCCCUCACCCUGUUCCCGUUCCUGCAAAUCGCGCUCUCCUGGCCAGUCGUUCCCCGGUUUUCAGAGCUAUGCUUGAAAAUGAGAUGGAAGAAAGCCUCAGCGGCACAAUUAAAAUCAGUGACGUGUCAUAUGAUGCACUUCGUGCCUUUGUGACCUAUUUAUACACUGCUGAUGCCUGCCUGGAUGAGCUUAUGGCUUGUGACCUUCUGGUUUUGGCAGAAAAAUACCAAGUGAAUCAUCUGAAGACAUAUUGUGAGAAGUUUCUAAUUUCCAAAUUAAACUGGGAGAACUCACUUCUUAACUAUGGAUUUGCUCACCAGCACAAUGCAAAGAAGUUGCUUGAUGCAGCGCUGUCAUUGAUCAUGGAAAACAUGGACAAGCUGAGCAAGCGAGAAGAAUACAAAGAACUCGUGGACAAGGAUCCCAGACUAGUUGUAGAAAUCUAUGAAGCUUACCUUUCCAAACAGGUUAACACUGCUGUGCAUAAAGAUCCAGUUGCUAAAGCAUAGCCCCAUGGUCAUAUUAACUUCAGUAGUAGAAGGAUUGUCUAAAUAUAUAAAUCCCCAAAUGAUGAAUGUUAACUGCAACCGUUUGAUUUGAAUGAUCAGUAAGAAUUAGACAUAA